AAUCGUAAUUAGGACUCCCAUGCCCACCGGAGGCCCCCAGCCAACAGAAACUUUUCUCUGACUCCGAACGCCAAACUCCUCCCAAUCAGCAAUCGCACACCACGAGCAGGCAGAGCUACGGAGCUGUAGUUGUAAGCGACCAGCAGCAGGCGAGUGGGUGACACCGUCAACGAUCACACGGAAGAGAACACGGCAAGACAAGGGUGUCCGCUCCACAUCACACAUUCAUGGCGCUGUGUAACGGGGAUAGCAAGCUGGAUAUCGUUGGAGAGCCUAAAGAUGGUUUAUGUUCCUACGAGGGUGCCGUGGUGAUCCUAGACGCAGGAGCGCAGUACGGGAAAGUGAUUGACAGGCGGGCACGAGAGCUGUUUGUCCAGUCUGAGAUUCUGCCUUUGGAAACGCCAGCCUUCGCUAUCAGAGAGCAGGGUUUCAGGGCCAUUAUUAUAUCCGGAGGGCCAAACUCUGUCUAUGCUGAAGAUGCACCCUGGUUUGAUCCAGCCAUAUUCACCAUCGGAAAACCAGUUCUCGGAAUCUGCUAUGGAAUGCAGAUGAUGAACAAAGUUUUUGGAGGCACAGUACACAGGAAGAGUGUGAGGGAGGAUGGUGUUUUCAACAUUGCUUUGGAUAAUUCCUGCUCGCUCUUCAGGGGGCUGCAAAAGGAUGAGCAUGUUCUGCUGACACAUGGUGACAGUGUUGACAAAGUAGCAGAUGGAUUCAAAGUUGUUGCACAGUCAGGAAACAUAGUUGCCGCCAUUGCUAAUGAGCAGAAGAAACUUUACGGCACUCAGUUUCACCCAGAGGUCGAUCUGACUGAGAGGGGGAUGGACAUGCUACGCAACUUCCUGUUUGAGAUUGCUGGCUGUAGCAGUAACUUUACAGUACAGAACCGUCAGCUGAACUGCAUCAGGGAGAUUACAGAGAAGGUGGACAAAUCCAAAGUUCUGGGUAAAGUAAUCGAACCACUGAAGGAUUUCCAUAAGGAUGAAGUGAGAGCACUAGGUCGAGAGCUGGGGCUCCCUGAAGAAAUCGUCUCUCGACACCCCUUCCCUGGUCCAGGCCUUGCCAUUAGAGUGAUCUGCGCCGAUGAGCCUUACAUCUGUAAAGACUUUGCCGAGACCAACAACAUCCUAAAAAUCAUCACAGACUUCUCAGCCAGUGUCAAAAAGCCUCACACCCUUCUUCAGAGAGUGAAGUCAUGCAUAUCAGAUGAGGAGGAAGAGAAACUCAUGCAGAUCACCAGCCUUCAUUCACUAAAUGCCUUUCUGCUGCCAAUUAAAACUGUCGGUGUUCAGGGUGACUCCCGGUCAUACAGUUAUGUUUGUGGAGUGAGCAGUAAAGAGGGUCCUCACUGGGAUUCGCUGAUGUUCCUGGCCAGACUCAUCCCUCGGAUCUGUCACUCCAUUAACAGAGUCGUUUACAUUUUCGGGUCACACGUAAAGGAGCCGCCCACUGACAUCACACCCACCUUCCUGACCACUGGUGUACUCAGCACGCUAAGACAGGCAGACUUUGUAGCACACUCCAUUUUAAGAGAGUCCGGCUACUCAAGUAAGAUCAGCCAGAUGCCAGUCAUCCUCACCCCACUGCACUUUGAUCGUGACCCGCUGCAGAAGCAGCCGUCCUGCAGACGGUGCGUCGUCAUCAGAACCUUCAUCACCAGCGACUUCAUGACAGGCAUCGCCGCUACUCCAGACAACCAAAUCCCUGAAGAGGUGGUUCUCAAGAUGGUCAACGAGAUCAAGAAAAUCCCAGGCAUCUCUAGAGUGAUGUAUGACCUGACGUCCAAGCCACCGGGAACCACAGAAUGGGAGUAGAACCGUGGACUUUUGUACCCUCUGAUUUAUCCUUGUCGACUCCUCUUCUACCUCCCCCUUUCCCAGUACUGCUACAUUCCCCCCAAACCCUUUUUCUCCACUCCCGCGACCCCCUUUAGGCACGCCGCCCUGUCAUUGUCCCACUGAGACCGGAACAUUCCCUACAAUGGCAGGUUGUACUGUGAUUGGCGCUUAACUGACAACACUACUUCAGUUACGCCUCAUUAUCUGGGGUCGGUUGUAAUAUUGGUAUUAUAAGUGUUGUUAUCCUCAUCACUGAUGAUAAUAAUGAUGAUACGUUGGCUUUUUUUUUUUUUUUUAAAUCAGCUCUCUGUAAUGCAUUGUGACUGGUCACUCCUCCGUACUUUCUGUUGUAGCCACUGAAGGUCAAAGAUCAUUUUAGGGCAGUUGACUGUCCAUGUGCAGCAUGGCACGAAGAAAGCAGUUUUUUAAGCAAAUCCACUCGUUCAAGGGUUACGUUCCAAGUGUUGCUGCUUUUUGCCUUUAAGAUAAACUUGUUUUCACUAACUCGGUUUGUGCAGUGUUGAUUUCGGUUUGGAUUUCUUGCCUGAACUCUUCUAUGGAAGUGGCAGGUAAAGACUAGCAGUAGUAGCUCCUUAAACGUGACCAAUCGAUGUUUAUUUGCCAAAUACAGAUGAGAUCAGACAGUUUGCUAAAUGCCGCUCUUACGCUGUGGACGGGUUGGUUUAUCACAGAGGUUUUGCUGUGAAGGAGACUCCUAAAUCUGGAGGCCUCCUGAAAUUUGUGCCUGUUUUCUUUUCUUUUUUCCCUUUCGGUUACUUUGUUUUUCAGGGAUGCGACUUUAUUUUAUGCUGCAUUAUUUUCUAGAAAAGGAUUAUUGACAUUUAAAUAGUGAGAAGUGAGAAAAUGUUUUGUAAUUUUUGGUGUUUGCAUUUUACAUCACCAUCAUAGUUGAGUUUGCCUGGGCUGGUAAGAUCGACAGUGUACUUAUUUUCACCAAUAAAGGCCUUGGUAUUUUUUUUGUUUUGUUCUAGGUAGAGCAAUAGUGUUUCCAAAGGCAAAUGAAAGGAGAUUUACAGAGGGAGGAAGAAUAGGUGAUUGACAGGAAACAAGCUGAAGGGCAUCAUCCCACAAAGUACGCCAAGUCCUUUUGAGCUAAGUUGGGCUUAACUGAAUUUGGACCACUGUCAAUAUUUGAGUCAGUCCUCCUGUGUGUGUGGCCUCAUUAUUAUUAAUAUUCCACUCUUUAACAGAAGCGUGUUCUUAUGUAUAGAGAGAGGGGGCUUUGAUUGGGCUCAAAUGGAGAUCUGUGUCCAGCCCUCUGUCUAAUUUAUGAUGUAGAGAAUUGUUGUGAUAUGAAUAACAUGCUCGGUAUUUAUUGUCUUCAAAGAUUUCAGUUUAAAACUUUCAGUUGUCACGAUAGCAAAAAAAUCAAUGCAAGAUGAACUUCCUUGUCUUAAUUGCAAAUCCUGUUCUUAAUGUCUUUUUCUCAGUGUCUCCUUUAUCGUGUGCAUAUUUUACUUGUCUAUUAAAAAUUCAACUAACACGUUUAAAUUCCUAGUGGGUAAACUGCAAUAUUAUAUGAUAUUCAGUUUAAUUUAUGCAAUUCUAUGUUGAUUCCCCCACCCCCCUUCUUUUGUUUUUGUUUAAACCUGAACAAUGCUGUUUUACCUUAGUAUUGUGCCUCAGACCAAGCCACCGCAUGCAGUUUGAAACUGAUAUUUGUAUAAUGCAGACUGAGCUUUAAUAAAGAACUCCGUGUUCCGAUUUCUCUCAUCACAA